AUGGAUGCAACGAAUUCAACCAAAUUGAAUUCGUGGAAGAGGAGGAGAGAAUCGACAGGACCUAAUGGGUCAACAGAAGAAGAUGGAGUUCUUGCCAAAAUACCUCACAGCUUUGGCUUAAAGGAGCCAGCCCCAUUUUCAGAUGAAGUUGAAAUUGACUUCGGUAAGCCCUAUGUCAGAGUAACUAUGGAGGAGGCCAGAAGAGGGACUCCUUAUGAUCGACCUGUAAGGGUUUAUGCUGAUGGCAUAUUUGACUUAUUUCACUCUGGUCAUGCCCGGGCCCUGAUGCAAGCAAAGAAUCUAUUCCCUAACACGUAUCUUAUUGUGGGAGUUUGCAAUGAUGAACUGACACAUAAUUUCAAGGGCUUCACAGUGAUGAAUGAAAACGAACGCUAUGAUGCAGUUCAACACUGCCGCUAUGUGGAUGAAGUGGUGAGAAAUGCUCCUUGGACAUUAACACCUGAAUUCUUGGCAGAGCAUCGGAUUGAUUUUGUAGCCCAUGAUGAUAUCCCAUAUUCUUCUGCUGGGAGUGAUGAUGUUUACAGACACAUCAAAGAAGCAGGCAUGUUCGUGCCAACACAGAGGACAGAGGGUAUAUCCACAUCAGACAUCAUCACCCGCAUCCUUCGAGACUAUGACGUAUAUGCAAGGCGGAACCUGCAGCGUGGAUACACUGCCAAGGAACUCAAUGUCAGCUUCAUUAAUGAGAAGAAAUACAAUUUACAGGAAUGUGUCGACAAAAUAAAGAAAAAAGUAAAAGAUGCAGAGGAGAAGUCAAAAGAAUUUGUGCAGAAGGUGGAAGAGAAAAGCAUUGACCUCUUUCAGAAGUUGGAGGAGAAAUCCCGAGAAUUCAUUGAAAACUUCCUGGAAAUGUUUGGUCCAGAAGGAGCACUGAAACAAAUGAUCCAAGAAAAUUCUAGC